CUUAUUUAUUUAUUUCCCUACUUGUACGACAGCAUUGUUGUGCUGGGAGUGCCUCCAUUUGCAUUCCUUCUUUCUAAUUCGCUUUUCCAACAGGUUGUUACCUGUGCACGCGAGGGUCGAACCGUGUCGGACGUCAGUCUUCAGGUCCAGGUAUGUGGGGAACGCCCAUUGAGUAGUCACGCCCUUUUUCCUCUUUCUUUCCACUCUUCUCCUUUUCUUGCACUGAAGGGACUUUCCUGCCGGUUGAAUCGUAUGAGAAGUUGGGUUAGUUCUAGAAGCGGAUGGUUUUGUUAACUUUUUAUCUGCUAUAGAAGGACUCAAUCAACCUCUGAACGAUGUUGCGAGUAGCUGUGGAAUCUGCCAGUAAUAUUCCCAAAAGUUCUUUUGGAACACCUGACCCUAUCGCCACAGUCACAUUUAAAGAUGAAAAGAAGAAAACCAAGAAGAUUGACAAUGAACUGAAUCCUGUAUGGAAUGAGGUUCUGGAAUUUGAUCUAAAGGGAGUACCUCUGGAUUCAUCUUCCUCAAUAGAUGUAAUUGUCAAGGACUUUGAGACCAUUGGAAAAGACAAGUACUACUGGUCUGGAACUGCGUCAACUUGCACAACAAGAUUGAUUGGAGCAGCGACAGUAUCACUGAAAGAUCUUUCAAGCGGUCAGGUGAAGUCUUUGCCUGUGAAGGGUUUGCCAUUGCUUAAUGAAAAAAGGCAACCAACAGGGGCUACAGUAAACCUCAUUGUAGGAUACGAACCUCCAGCUGGCUCAGUCCCAUCUGAUCCAAAUGACCCAACCAGUGGUGGUGUUGUAACUACAGAUGGUGGAGGUGAUGGAGAUGAAGAUGCGACUGAGUACGCUGGUGGUGGAGGAGGAGGAGGAGGAGGAAGUGUUCCUUCAGCUGCAGGAAUGGCUGGACAGACUUCAGCAGCUGCAAAACGCAUCACAAGGAAAAGUAAGACUGGAAGAUCACUGCCAAAUAAACCUCAAGACUUCCAGAUACGAUUUCGAGUUAUUGAAGGAAGGCAACUACCAGGCAAUAACAUAAAACCUGUUGUGAAAGUCAGCAUAUGCAAUCAGACUCAUCGGACCCGAAUAAAAAGGGGAAACAAUCCAUUUUUUGAUGAGCUUUUAUUCUACAACGUCAACAUGCUUCCAGCAGACUUGUUUGAUGAAAUCAUUACAGUCAGGGUGUAUGACUCAAACUCUUUGCGAUCAGACAGUCUGAUGGGAGAAUUUAAGAUUGACAUAGGUUACGUCUAUGAUGAGCCUGGUCACUCUGUGGUAAGGAAAUGGCUGCUGCUUCAGGAUCCUGAUGAUGCAAGUUCUGGAGCUAAAGGUUAUCUGAAAGUCAGCAUGUUUGUACUUGGAGCAGGAGAUGAGCCAAUGCUUGAGAAAAAAGAUGUGAAUGAGGACCAGGAAGAUAUUGAGAGCAAUCUGUUGAUGCCAGCAGGUAUAGCUCUGCGAUGGAUUACCUUUGUGCUGAAAAUCUACAGAGCUGAGGAUAUUCCUCAAAUGGAUGACGCCUUUGCACAAUCUGUAAAAGAAAUGUUUGGAGGUGAUUCAGACAAAAAAAACCUAGUGGACCCAUUUGUGGAAGUUUCAUUUGCUGGAAAAAUGAUUCGUACAAAAGUAAUUGAGAAGAAUGCAAAUCCUGAAUGGAACCAAGCAGUUAACCUACAGAUCAAGUUCCCAUCAAUGUGUGAAAGGAUACGACUGACAGUAUAUGACUGGGAUCGACUGACCAAAAAUGAUUGCGUUGGAACAGCAUAUUUGAAUUUAUCUAAGAUUGCAUCAUCUGGUGGAGAGGUGGAAGAGUCUGUGUCUUCGGGAUAUGGGGCUUCAUCAAAUGAAGUAGCUGGAGAUCACAAAGCUGCAACUGGAGAGUCAGGUCUUGGAUUUCUACCUGCAUUUGGACCCUGUUACUUAACUCUCUACGGAAGCCCAAGAGAAUUUACUGGCUUCCCAGACCCUUAUGAUGACCUGAACUAUGGAAAGGGUGAAGGUGUUGCUUAUCGAGGCAGAAUUUUGGUUGAACUUGUUACAAAGUUAGAUGUGUCUAAUGAAAAGAAAAUUGAGGACAUACCAAAUGAUGAUAUUUUGGUUACAGAGAAAUACCAGCGGAGGCGAAAGUUCAGUCUUUCUGUCGUGUUUCACUCUGCUACAAUGUUAACAGAAGGUGGUGAAGCCAUUCAGUUUGAGGUCAGCAUUGGUAACUAUGGCAACAAGUUUGACACUACCUGCAAACCACUGGCAUCUACCACUCAGUACAGCCGACCAAUGUUUGAUGGAAACCACUAUUACUACUUGCCAUGGUCUAAUGUCAAGCCAGUGGUGACACUGACAUCAUACUGGGAAAACGUAAGUCAUAGGCUUGAUGCUGUGAACAUCCUCCAAAACAUGGCUGAUCGUUUGGAAGCAAAUGUAACAGCAUUAAAAACAGCAAUGCUGGCUAAUGUUUCUGACAGCAGACUGGCUGAAGUUUGGCUAAAGCUGAUUGAUCAAGUCUUGGAGGACACCAGUUGUCAAUUGCCCGAACUGGAAGGAAAACCUAACAUAACGGCUCUUGAUAUACAAAUCCGAAAACUUCGCAUGUUCUACCUGGAGAACAUUAAAGAAUCUGCAAGAAAACUAAGAGAAGAAGCUACAGAUGUAAAGGCCACUUUGCCUGACAUUGAGGACUGGCUUCUAAAGGUGUACCAGAUGGCCGAAGAGCCUCAGAACAGCAUGCCAGACGUCAUCAUUUGGAUGAUUCAAGGAGAGAGGCGUGUGGCUUAUGCUAGGGUUUCUGCAGCUAGUGUUUUAUUCUCCACCUCACAUGCAGAAGCAUGUGGAAAAUACUGUGGAAAGACGCAGACUGUAUUUUUAAAGCAUCCACAGGACAAGACAAAUGGUGCUAAACUUCCUGUACAGCUACGUGUCAACAUCUGGCUUGGGUUGUCUGCAGUGGAGCAAAAGUUUAACAGUUAUGCUGAAGGAACGUUUAGUGUCUCUGCAGAAAUGUAUGAAAACCAAGCACUUAUGUUCGGUAAAUGGGGCACAACUGGCCUUGUGGGAAAGCACAAAUUUUCUGAUGUAACUGGAAAAAUCAAGCUCAAGAAAGAAAGUUUCUUACCUCCAAAGGGCUGGGAAUGGGAAUCUGACUGGAUUGUGGACCCAGAAAGAAGCAUGCUAAUAGAAGCUGAUGCUGGACAUACAGAAUUUGCUGAUGAAGUGUAUGAAAAUGAAAGUCGGUUUCCGGGCGGGGAGUGGAAGGCAGCAGAUGAGCAAUAUACUGAUGUGGUGAGCACCUUUCCUUGUUUAUAUGGAUUGCACAAAGGACAUUAUCUACCCAUGUAUGCGACUAUCAUAACUGCAGGACCAAACCAAAUUUUAUGUGGCCAGUGGUGUGUCUCAGUCUAA